UUGUUCAACAAAUUUUGUGUAACCGAAGAUGAUUGUUGUUGUUGCUCUUGACGCAUUUUUCGUAUGAUUCUUUCUUGUUCAGAUCGAAUGUAUUCACGAAUAUUAACGUCAUCGAUAGAAGCUAAGUUUUUUAGCAAUAUUUUAUUUUCCUCUUUUAUUUCUUUAAAAGGUAACUUUUUUGCUUCAUUUUGCAGUCGUAAUUCAAUCAUCUCAUGACCUUUUUCCCUGCUUGUUGUACUUUCGUUUAAAAGAUCAAGGAUUUUUUUCGUUUGAUGAUAUCAAACUAUCAGCAGACAUAUUAUGAGGAUAUCCGGUUUCAACAAUUUUUGGCUCGUAAUCUACAAAUAAAAAAUAAAGAGAAUCAUUUCUUACUUCGAAAUAGUUGAUCAUAUAUGGGAGCAUUAUGGAAAUAAUUUUAUGCAAUAAUGUAAUAUUUGCUUGCAGUUUAAUAUUUAAUUAUGUACUUUUAUUUAUAAUUUUAUAUUUUAGUGUAAGAUUUUUUUUUAAUUAAUAUUUCUGUAAUAUUUAUAUAUAUGUAUUAGUUAUUUAUAGAAGUUUUAUGAAUUUACAUCAACUAUGACAAACAUAAGGAUCAUAGUGUAAAAUAUAAAUAAUUUUGAAGUUAGGUUUAAAGUUUUACUUUUGGAGAAGAACACAUUGAAACUUCAAAUAUAAAGUUUUGGAAACUUCAAAAUAGAGUUCCUUUUUGGAGAUGUUCUUAUGAUUGAAGCUUAACUAAAUAUGAAACUAGAAAGGGUCAAUUAAUUCAAGAACGUGCUCUGUCUUUUUCCUCAAUUGGACAACAGUACUAGUACUUCCAAUCACGGUUGAUCAUAGACCGCAUAAUUAAUCAUGUAGUUAAAUAAGGUCAGUCAAAAGGGUUAAACGGUUUUAUAAUCAUUUGAGAUCGAAUUAACGUGAAUCAUAAUAAUACUUCACGUAGGAACCAGUUGGUUGUAAAUAUAUUUUAUACUGCAUUCUGUAGACCAUUUCUGCCGUAUGUUGGGGAAACUAUAAUUGUUCUUAUUAGAUUUUAUCAUAACAAGAAAACCGAUUUCUUUAUGGUUGCUUAUCAUAUCUCUAUAAUUAACUUAGUGAUCACAAUGCUAGGUGACAUUAAAGAAAUAAAACGUAUGUAUAGUAUAGCUGUCAUUUCGGUCAAACGGUUCAAUGAAUCCAAGUCUGUCAAACGUAUGUAUAGAAGUUUAACGUUAAUUGCUGGAAAUUUAUUUCUAGGAAAAUAUAAUGAAAAUGUUAUCCUGUUAUCCCAAACAUAAACACAAGUUGUUGGGAGCUAUGUAUGUAUGGCGGACUUAGUUCUAGGAAAUGUUUUCCUUGUCACAAAAAAAAAAAAAAAAGGAAAUGUUUUCCUAGAAAAUACUAAUGAAAGAAAAAAUUCCAGACAAAUUGUAACUUGUAUUAAGAUAAAUGUUUCAUUGGUUCGAUCUAUAAAUUAGUAUGGCAAUUUAAUUGAUUAUUAAUUGUACGAAAAAGACAAAACACUAAAGCAGAUCUGAACUGGAAUUACUUUGAAUUCUACUAUUAAAAAAGGAAUUAUAGAUUCUGGAAAGAUUAAGUUACAGAUUACUAGAUUUCGUAGUAACAAUCAAAAUAUGAGACGUGAUAGUGUUUAAGGGGGAAGAACCUGAUGGUGUAACGACAAAAUAAGAGGAUAACAUAAAGACUUUAGUUUAGAUGUUGGAGAUAUCUCCAGUCGAUAUUCGAUAACACACGUUGAUUUAGAUUUACUCUCGUGUAUAAGAUCCUUUCGGCCAGUCACAAAAUUUUAUAAUCUUAAAUGAUAUAACAGUACAGGUUGUUUCUAUCUUCAAGCUAGCUAAGUUUCCGCGUCAGAAGAAUCCAAAUUAAAAUUUAAUGAAAUUUGAGAAGAUGUAGACAUAUAACAGCAAUCAUAUAUAUUCACUUAAAAUUAAGCUAGUUGUUUCUAAAAUAUAUUAGCAAUGCUACCUCAACAUAAUUUAUAUUAACAUAUAUAUUAUGAAUUAUCUGUAUAUAUGUAAUAAGAUGAUAUUUUAGUUAAUUAAUCUUAAAGAUAUUAUUACAUAUAGGCUAACUAAUUGAUAUUUAUUGUAGUUUAUAAGCUAAUAAUUUCAUUUCCCAUAGUGAAUUCAAAAAAACUAUUGAAUAUUAAAUUUUGUUAUAGAAACAUCUUUUUAAUAGCUCUAUUAGUGUGAAUAAUAAUGAAAAGAAAAUAAACUGCACCCAAUGAUUUUUUCCAUUGAAAAUUCAGGUUCUUCGUGUAUCAUUUGGACGUAUCGUAAAAGAGCUGAUGCCUUGGUUACACCAGUGGAUAAAACAUCAGACCAAGAUAAAAGAACUACAAUAGACAAAUCAGUUUAGGUAUAGUUAACAAAGAUUGAUAAGACAUAGUAUAACAAAGUGAAAAAUAAAGGAAAAUUAAAGUAUUUAAUCGAGAUAAGUAGGAAAGAAAAGACAGAGAUGAAAACAGGGGUGAAAAAAAUAUUCAAGAGAAACCAAAAUUUGCAGAUAAAGGUCUCAUAUUAGAAGAUAAAGACACACUUAGUAGAUUAUGAAAAUAGAGUGCCAAACUUUAUAAGAAAAUAACCUUACCACUGGAACAAUAAUCUGUAAGCGAAAGGAUUUCCAGGAAAUGGAUUGUUGUAUGGUGAAGUUCUUUACUAGUCCAAUUUCUUUUUAACUGAAAAAUAUGUAUUGGUGUGUUUCUUACAUAUUGGUCAAAAUAUGUUUCUCUACCUUGAUAACUCAUUUGAUUUCUUUAAUAGUAUAUUUAUUUUCACUUUGUACUGAUCAUACACACUCUUUUAUUUGUUGUAUAAACACACACUUAUUUAUUUAUUAGAUGAGGAUGUAUUCUAAUCCAGUGUAGCAUUUUUAUUUUAAGAAUUACAACCAAAAAGUCCUAGCUCCAAAUUUAUACUGGUUAAAAUCGCCGAAACAAUACAUGAAUACAUCAAUCACGCAUGCACAAUGUUUUGUGCAUCUAAUUCAAUGAAAGCUUUAACAGAUUUAUACAACUGUUGGAAAUCUUAUUCACUGUUAGAUAUAUAAUCUCUAGUGCUAUGCUUUAAAUAAUUAUUUUGGGCUCUAGCCAUACCAAUUUUAUGUGUGUUAGUUUGUCAACAUGUUAUAUUUUUACAACUAUUACAAAAUUUUAUUCAAAUUUUAUAUAUACUAUCUAGUUUAUAUUUUGAAUAUUUAUUUGGGUUGUAAAUAUACCCAAUCUUGUGUUAGUUUGUCAAUAAACCUAUACAAAAGCAUAUUUUACAUAUGAUUAGAACUAGCCUGCAAAAAAAAAAUGAAACAAAGAUUUGGUUGUCAAUAAAAAAAACUGCAACGGCAGUAUAAAUUCAAAUACUUAACGAUUAAUAAAGUUUUAAACCUUCAGAUACAUGGAUGAAAAAACUAAGGAUCAUAUUCCCCAAAUUUAUAACGUUUUUUCACAAAACUAUAGCGUUAACUUUUUUGCUAAAUUGUAAAUAUCAUUAAAGAAAAUGAAAAGUUUGUCUCUAGCUAGUAAAGACUCUACAUAUUGUUUCCUUGGCAAAAAUUAGAUAAAAACAAGGAAAGAAGUAGUGUGAGGAUCUGAUCUGAGAGUGUGGUCAUCUGAUCCAAAUCGCCAUUAGGCCUAAGAAUGUACGCCUUGGUUGUCUCGCCGUUAUGGUAGGCCUGAUAUCCCUGUCAACAAGCUUGAAGACCUGCUGAGGUGUAAGAGAGAUGCUAUUGUGAUAGACAAUGACAUGAGUAACCAAUUUUCUUAGAGUUCCCGGGGCAAGUGAUUCUUGUCUCCUUGCUGUCGAGCCAAGCGAUUCCAGUCUCAAAACAACCAAGCAUGUUAAAGAACUACACUGCUCGUCUCAUAGGCAUCGUAGGAGACAACAAAGCUAUGGAGAUUAUUGGAAACGCUUUAGUGGUCAUAAGCGCAGGCGCAGGGCCUAACGAUUUCAUCUUAAAAUUCUACGAUAUCCCCAACGAGGAGGUGUAAAGUAUCCUGAGAUAUCUAGUUACCAAGAAUUUGUGCUUAAGAGACUUGAUCGUUAAUGUCUCAUAAAAUUCUUCGGUCUAAUUGUUCUGUCUUUUAUAUUUGGCUCGUUAGAUUUCUCUCUCUCUGUUUGACAAAAAAAAAAGAUUUCUCUCUCUCUUUUUUUUUCGUUAGAUUUCUCAGUUUGUAUAUUUGACGUCUGUUCAGGACCUUUACGAUUUAGGCUGCCUAAAAUUUAUUGUUGGAGCAUCAAUGGGUGUUUGCCGAUCCAAAUGACCACCAAAUCGCAAACCACAUCAUGAGCAGAACUUGCUUGGAACAAGAGAACAAAGACUCAGUCUUAUUCAAGCAGAAACUUAAGAAGAAAUUUCCACAAAUAGAAGCGUCUCUCCCAGAAAGCAAGUUUCUAUACGUCAAUGUUUAUGACCAUGUGAUGGACAUGAUCCAAAACCGUAGCAAAUACGGUAUUUCUUCCUUGUUCCGCAAGUCAUUAUAAUCUUUCAUUAGUUGCAUUAUUACUAAAUAUGUCAAAUUAUUGCUAACCUAAUUUGUUAAGAGGUCUACUCGAUUUGGGUAUGAGUUAAUUAGUGAUUAUUUUUUUUGGAUAAAGUUUGUGAGUUUUCAAGUUGGGGGGCUAUUAUUUUGGACCUGUUAAAGUUCAAAUAAAACCUGCAUCUUCCCAAUACACAUACUUACUUCAAUUUUGAUAAUGAAAUUGUUUCUUAUAAAAUGAUAGUAUAUAGUAGAUAAUUAACUCAUUUUAGACAGUAUACGCAACGUUGGAAAAAGCCCAACUGUGUAAAUAUGUUCGUUCUUUAAGAACAUGAAACACGCUAUGUCUCUAUCCAAUUCAAACUACUAUCUCAUCGUUUUGUCAAGUGGUAGUCGAGAUUUGAAAAUAUGGUUAAACAUACUCUUGAAAAUCUUCCUUCAAACAAAGUGACAGCUAUUUGAAAAAUUUGGAUUUGGAAUUUAACCCAAAUAGUUUAUCUGAUACUAUAUUAGGCGGAUUUGGAUUAGACAGUGUGAUGGCCAUUCAAAAAAUAUCCACUCUAUAAUAUUAAAUAUUUUGUCGGAGUUGAUCUGAUCAAAUCGGAACGCGAGCAAAGAGAGAGAAAGCACAGAGAGAGAAAGUAGAUCUAAUCGAAGGGUCCGGUGUACGGCCAACGCGUGAGCGUGCGUGCCGUCGCCGGAGCCCUUCGCGCUCCCGCUGAAAGAGUUCCCCUGCCUUUUCAACGCGGUCUUCCUCUUUCGCUUUGUUGGAGCUCUGGUCCGGACCUCGUCCGUCGUCGACACCUCGGAGAGUGUAACGACAUCAUCGGUGGUGCUGCGGCUGGAGUAACGACGCGAUUGUGUGGGGUUCGGUGUGAGGAAAUAGGCUGUUUAGAUUAGGGUUUGUUUUCGGGAGGUGGAGGUUUCUAGAGCUCCAUCGCCGCCGGCCUUGUUUCCGGGAGGCGGAGGCUUUCUCAGCUCCGCUUUCGCCGGCUCUCGGGUUUACCUAGUUCUGUUUUAGGUCUUAUUUUGGUUUUGUGAUGUCGGUGUUGUUCUGAUGGAGGAGCUCUCGUCUGAAGACGAUUGAUGCUCUCCGGUGGUAUUUGGAGAUGUUUGUGUGAAGCCUUCUUCUUGGUGGUGGUGAUCAAUGGUAGCGGAGGUGAUCUCGUAUUUGCGAUUGAUCUCUCCGAUGAUAGAAUCUCUGUGUUGAAGGCGGUUGCAGUGAAGAUGAUAUGGAGCUGUCGAGCUUGGGUGUGUACCGGUGGAUCGAUCAAUGGAUGUUUCACCGGAGGUUUGCUGGUUGCGGGAGUCUCGUUGUGGUCCGAGGCGGUGGCUCACGGGAGCGGCGGUGACCCUUUCGUUAGUGGAUUCUAGGGUUUCAGAUGUGGGCUUUUAGGCCUUUGUUUUAUGUUUCUUAGUUGCCUUUGUGGAUGGGCUUUGUAAUAUUGGGCUUGGCCCUUCAAUUAAUAAUAUAACUCUUGAUGAAAAAAAAAAAAUCUGAUCAAAUCGAUAUGGCAUAUAAAAAACAAAAAAAAAAGUCCUAAGGUAAUAAAUUUUAAACUAUCUAAUGUUUUGACAAAAUCCAAAUUUUAUUAUUAUUUUUCUUUUUGAUCAAAAAUCCUAAUCUUAUUUUUCUUAAAAUUAUAACUGAAGACGUUGAACAAACAUCUAGAAUAUAAUAUAGAAGUGGUGCGAGUGUGACUGCUACUGCGAGCAUAGGUGUAUGUGGAACGGCUCAAAAAGGUCAACUAACCAUUUUGUUUAAAAUUAAUAAUAUCGGUAAAGGUUAGUUAUGGAUUUCUAUACCAAAUCCAUACCACAAAUUUCAACUCCCAUCGAACCACUUCUUUCUUAGUUUGAUCUUCACAUUAUUGGUUCCAUUAGCUGACCCCAUUGUCAAUUUGAAGUGCUUUUAUACGUAAAAAUACCAUAAUCUUUUAAACAUAUUUUUCACGUCCAGUUCUAGCUGCGACUUGUUAUGUUUCUUCUAUAAAUUUUCAUAUUUAGCAUGGAUCAUUUCAUAUGGUUAGUCAAAAAGCUUUUGUAAAUCUACAGAAUUACAUGAAUUUAUCAGACAUUACCAAAGACAAUUAUAUGGAAAGUGUAAAGCCAGUUUGCUUCCUGUAAGCAAGCAAGUUGAGUGGCAAAAUGAUUAGAGCGUUAUGUUAUUUAAAGUCAGUAAUAACCCAAAAACUUAAAAAAAAAACCUAAAACUUACUGGAGUAUAGGUGACAUAUAUUGCGUUUAUGUUUACGUAAUUUACAAAUUUUUAUGCAUGGCAUAAAAAAAAAUAAACAAAAGAAUCAUUGAUAAUAAUUAGAGGAUCCUAGUACCAAAUUAGUCCAGUGGGUGCACCAAAUCAACUAAACCAUUUGUGUAUAAUCCUGUGUAUAAUAACAGUACCAUAUAGUAUAAUAUAAUAUAAGUUUGUCAAAUUGCUAACGAAUUCACAAAUAGCUCUGUUGCUUCCCGCUUAGUGUGUAUAAAAACCACUCCUCCCCUUCCUCUAAACUCACACAACACAUCCCUACACAGAGCUUCUCAAUACAUCAACAAUGGAGUCUCUCCAGCGACUCUCCUUUGUAUCCUUCAUCGCCCUUCUUGCUUACUUUGCUUUUCUCGCUUCAGCUGAACUUCACGUCCGUGAAUUUGUGAUCGAGCCAAAACCAGUGAAGAGGCUGUGCAGAACUCACCAAAGCAUCACGGUGAAUGGUCAGUUCCCUGGUCCAACGCUCGAGGUCAGGAACGGUGACUCUCUAGCAAUCACCGUCAUCAACAGAGCUCGUUACAACAUUAGCAUUCACUGGCAUGGAAUCAGACAGCUAAGGAAUCCAUGGGCUGAUGGUCCAGAGUACAUAACACAGUGUCCGAUCCGUCCAGGUCAAAGCUACACUUACAGAUUCACAAUCGAAGACCAAGAAGGUACUCUUUGGUGGCAUGCUCAUAGCCGCUGGCUCCGAGCCACCGUCUACGGUGCUCUUAUCAUUUACCCUCGUCUCGGUUCUCCUUAUCCCUUCUCUAUGCCUAAACGUGACAUACCAAUUCUUCUCGGGGAAUGGUGGGAUAGAAACCCAAUGGACGUUUUGAGGCAAGCACAGUUCACUGGAGCAGCAGCUAAUGUCUCUGACGCUUACACAAUCAACGGCCAACCAGGAGAUCUCUACCGAUGUUCGCGAGCUGAAACAGUCCGUUUUCCGAUUUUCCCUGGUGAGACGGUCCAGCUCCGUGUCAUCAACGCUGGACUGAACCAAGAGCUCUUCUUCUCAGUCGCCAACCAUCAGCUCACAGUUGUCGAAACCGAUUCCGCCUACACAAAACCAUUCACCACUAGUGUCAUCAUGAUCGGUCCCGGACAAACCACUAACGUCCUCCUCACCGCGAACCAGCGACCCGGCCGCUACUACAUGGCAGCUCGUGCCUACAACAGCGCAAACGCCCCUUUCGACAACACAACCACAACUGCUAUCUUGGAGUACGUCAAUGCUCCAACUAGACGUGGUCGUGGCCGUGGUCAAAUCGCCCCAGUUUUCCCGGUUCUUCCGGGGUUCAACGACACCGCAACCGCAACCGCUUUCACAAACCGUCUGCGGUACUGGAAGCGAGCUCCAGUACCGCUCCAGGUCGACGAGAACCUCUUUUUCACCGUUGGUUUGGGGCUAACCAACUGCUCCAACCCCAACAGUCCGCGUUGCCAGGGUCCAAACGGGACCCGGUUCGCGGCCAGCAUAAACAACCAGUCCUUCGUGCUACCACGAAGAAACUCCAUCAUGCAAGCUUAUUACCAAGGCAUGCCUGGUAUCUUCACGACGGACUUCCCACCUGUUCCACCAGUCCAGUUCGAUUACACCGGUAACGUUAGCCGCGGGCUAUGGCAGCCCGUGAAAGGAACCAAAGCUUACAAGCUUAAGUACAGAGCUAAUGUUCAGAUUGUUUUACAAGACACGAGUAUUGUCACGACUGAGAAUCAUCCCAUGCAUCUUCACGGGUACCAAUUCUACGUUGUCGGGUCUGGUUUCGGGAAUUUUAACCCGAGAACUGACCCGGCUCGGUUUAACCUGUAUGACCCACCGGAGAGGAACACCGUUGGUACACCUCCAGGUGGUUGGGUUGCAAUCCGGUUCGUCGCUGAUAAUCCAGGAGCAUGGUUUAUGCAUUGUCACAUUGAUUCACAUUUGGGAUGGGGUUUAGCGAUGGUUUUCCUGGUGGAGAACGGAAGAGGACAGUUGCAAUCUGUGCAGGCUCCACCUUUGGAUCUUCCAAGAUGCUAAUAUAGAUCUCUAAGGAUUUGUGGGGGGUUUUGUUUUGUUUUUAUUUUAAUCAAAAAGGUUUGAGGGUCUUUGUUAUGUGUUGUUGUUGAAGAUCAACAACUGCUCUAUUGAAAAGAAGUUCAUCUUAUGGUUUC